UUUGUGCCAGUGUGCGCGUGGUUGAAUGUAAAAGCAUUAGAAGAUGCCUGCUAUUUUAGUUGCCUCCAAGAUGAAGUCGGGAUUGCCCAAACCUGUUCAUGGCACCACGCUGCCCAUUCCAGCUAGGGUAGUAGCCCACCAGAAUGGAUCUCUGAAGCCCAUGCAAACCAGCCUAAUCCCCCUGAAGUCUCCCAUCUACAGGAGUCAAGGCAGUGCAACCUUACUGAGAAAGUACCAGACCGCCAAAGAAACCUCAGGAGACCCUCAGAUUUAUACAGAUUGGGCAAACCACUACCUCGCCAAAUCCGGACACAAACGCCUGAUUAAAGACCUCCAGCAGGAUGUUGCAGAUGGCGUUUUGCUGGCAGAAAUCAUUCAGGUUGUAGCAAAUGAGAAGAUUGCAGAUAUCAACGGAUUUCCAGAGAGUCGCUCUGAAAUGAUUGAGAACAUUGAUGCCUGUCUGGGUUUCCUGGCUGCUAAAGGAGUGAAUAUAAAGGGACUUUGUGCUGAAGAGAUCCGCAAUGGGAAUCUGAAAGCCAUUUUGGGGCUGUUCUUCAUCUUGUCGCGCUUCAGACAGCAGACUUUGAAACAGACCUCCAGCAAUGUUCAGAUUCUACAGAACAGCCAAGGGUGCUCCAGUCCUGCUCUUUCUCUUCACAGUUCUCCUGUCAGCUCUCCCUGUCCAUCUCCUAUCCAGCAACACUACACCUCAUCUACACCUGCACAGAAAACACACACAGACCUGCAGUCCAGUCAUCCAUCAAAAGUCUCCAAUCAAAAAAAAUCCACCAGACUCUCGGUUGCUCAGAAAAACAACAUUAGGCUUCAGAGUCCUUCAGUGAAGGCCAGUGGAGAAAGCAAACCUCGAACUGGCAGCACCAACAGACGGAGUCGCUUCAACCAGUGUGACCGGUUAAAGCCGCCAGUCUCUGCCUACGCUCAUGAAAGAGAGAAAACAACUCCAUCGCCCAUAAUGGUUGAUCAUGGACCAAUCAGCUCUUCCAUUCCUCCACCCAUCUGCACCAGCGCUGCUUCCAAACCCUGGAGAAGCAAAUCUCUCAGUGCUAAACAUACUGCCACAUCCUCCAUGGUCACGGUUAAACAACCGCCAAUAGAUUCCCUUGAGGUUCCACCUAAAGUGAUCGCCCAGAAAUCCAUGCUGGAAAAACUCAAGCUCUUCAACAACAAAACGGGUUCUAGAGCAUCCAAGCUUGCCAGUUCAGAAGAUGUGAAUGCAGUUGAAUUAGAAAGAGGUCAGAUUUGUCCCAUCCACCGAAACCAACGGCCUGUUACUCCUACCAGUUCUGGAAGCACAAGUCCCAAGCUGGCACUAAAAGGCAUUGCCCAGUUGACAAUUGGAAGGGCUUUGGCACCCAAAAUGGCCUCAGCAAAAGUGACUGAAAAAGUUAAAGAGAAGCCAAAGCUUAAAGAGAAAGAGAAGCCCAAACAGCUUUCUGUUACAGAACACCUUAAAGGAGAUACCAAAACCGAUGGACUUGUACUUGAGUCUAAGAAGUCUAUUCCCAAAGGAAAUAAAGCAAAGAAAGACAUUGCCAAACCAGCUAUGAGUGGGAUUCCCAAACCAAGUCAGGCAGGAAAAAGCUCAACUCUAAAUAAGGCUGUAUCAUCUCCCCCUUGUGGUGUGGAGGGAGAUCGGUUACGGAAUGGAAGGAUUGGAAGCUUGUCGGUGCAUAAAGGCCAAAAAGAUCACAGAAACUACAGCUCUGCUUCUAGCUUAGCUUUUACAGAGGGGAAAGGUUGCCAAGACCUCUCCACUAGUGCAAAAACCAACUCAACGGCCAGUAAUACGGUCAGUGUGCAACUUCCACAGCUCCAACAACAAUAUAGUCAUCCCAACACGGCCACUGUCGCCCCAUUUAUGUACAGGUCUCAAACAGAGAUUGAUAAGAGUGGCUUUGUGACAAGAGUGGGGGAAAGGAGGGAAUGGACAGGACUGCGCAGCAAAUCUAUCCACACUUCGCUUGAAAACCUGUCAGGUGAGGACUCUGAAACCAAGAGGCUCCAGACUGUGAAAAACAUUGCUGAUCUGAGGCAAAAUUUGGAGGAAACCAUGUCAAGUCUAAGGGGGACGACACAUAUCAGUCACAGCACUCUCGAGACCACCUUCGACAGCACCAUCACCACGGAGAUCAAUGGCAGAGCCCUGCUAACCCUCAGCUCCUGCCCCUGGAGACUGGGCUCCUCCAGUCCUCGCCUACAAGCUGGUGAAGCCCCGUCCUCAGCAAACACCUUUAUCCAGCACACAAACCCUCAGCAGACCUGCACACAUGGCCUCCAGCUCUCAGAGAAGGCGGAGGAGCUGGAAACACCAGGCUACAGGAGUGAUGGAGACGUCCUGGGCAAGAGCAUCAGGCUGGAUGCCAUCACCAGCGGCUACAUGACAGACGGAGGUCUUAACCUGUAUUCUCGAAGGAUUAACAAUCAGGUUUUGGAUGGAAUGAAUGCUGGGAGAGGGAACAUUCAGCACUUUAAUCCCAAGAGUCAAGAUGACACUGAUAGUUGGGACGACAGCAGUUCGGUCAGCAGUGGGAUCAGUGAUACGCUGGACACAGAUGAGCUCAACACCAGCUCGUCCCUCAGCUCUUUUGUCAACACUCCGUCUGGCCCGCAAAAAGACACAGAUGAACAGCUCCAGACGGAUGCAGAGAAACACUCUGCAGUGAAACAAAACCCCAGCUGGUCCGGUAAAGACCCUAAACGUGUUGAAGGUGGAUCAGACAGUGGCGUAAAAAUGGAGACUACAACUAAGUGGAACAACAGGUCAGAUUUCUCAGAUGAAUCUGAACGAAGCUUAAUGGGACGCAAGACUCCCACCAUCUCCCAGACGGGCUCUUGGAGACGGGGAAUGAGCGCCCAGGUGGGCAUCACCUCGCCACGGACUAAGACCACUACACCCUCAAACUGCAACGCUCUUAAGACACACGGUAAGACAGAUGACGCCAAGGUAUCAGAAAAAGGACGCUCUAACAGCACCCACUCCAUGACUGUAGACGACACUAAGAAACCUCCUCUCAAUUCAACUGCACGCACACCUACCAGCACUUUUGGCUUCAAAAAAGCCCCGGGAACAAUGGCAACAAUUACCGCGAGUGGUGCUGUGGUAACUAGCGGCUCUGCUACAGUGGGCAAGAUACCUAAAUCUGUCGGCUUCUCUGGGAGUCGAAUUGUGUGUCGGCAGACAGCUGUCGAUGACGGAUACCUUCCCCCAAGUGCUCGGACGACACUUCAGUAUCGUAGUUUACCAAGACCUAGCCGAACCGGUGCCACUCGCUGUUCAAAUCGCUCCACCAACUCAAACUUUGAUUCUAGUUUUUGUAACAAAGGCACUGCCACACUUCCCAACCCCAAGAGUCGCAACUUGGUCAAGUCCCCUGUGGGAGCUACUAACCAGACAGACCGGGAAAAGGGGAUCUUUUCAGAUGUGGAUAACCAGGUACUGAAGACAAGUCAGUCAGGGAUGCAACCUGGAAGGCAAACAGGAGGAAAGUAUCCAGAAAUGUCUUCGCCAACUUUUCGUAGACUCUUUGGUACUAAAUCAUGCAAGCAAGUGCCGGUCACCACCAUGGAGAACAUGAAGAACUCCACAGUUAUCUCCAAUCCCCACGCCACAUCAAUCCAACAGAAUGAAUCUCUGGACUCAAAAUCCAUCACCAGCGGUCCAGAUUACAGCGAAAAUCUGACGGUGCCCUCUGGAGGUCAUGGAGAACAGACCCUUUCCUCUGUGAUCUCCAGUCCAGGAUCAGCUUUCUCUCCUUGGGGAGGCAAGGGUGGAUUGGACUACCCUUCUCAAAGCUCCAACCACACCAAUGGUGACCCCAUAAAUGUGUGCUUGGGAAAAGAAGAUUUAUGUCUUAAUCGCGUCAACAGUGCCCGAACCGGACUCUCAGACAGCCCUCACUCUUCUCCCUCUGCUAGUCCUAAAUUUACCCACAACACUCUGCCGCGGAAGCAGGACAGGUAUGGCCAUGUGCCGCAGGUCAGAGGUCACGAGGAGACUCGUGAUUGGCUGCGUUCCCCUACAGCUGUUGGGCUACAGGAUUCAACCAGUUCUUCUCCUUACAACCCUGCAUCUGCUCUCAGCUCGCCCUCAGGCACACGCUUCAACUUUAACACACUUGGCAGUCCCACCACAUCUUCACAAAUUAUUGCUUUGCGCGGCAUCAACGGCCAUGGGAAUCAUGAAAGCUCAUUCGAACCCUACAUUGACCCCCGUCUGAGAAACUCCUCGAUGAGCCUGGAGGAGAAGAACCGAACUAUGAGCAGCUCUGGAUCAUUUCGUGAAGGACUGGAAGAAGUUCAUGGAUCGUGUUUGUCUCUGGUCUCCAGCACAUCGUCAGUUUAUUCUACACCUGAGGAAAAGGCCCAGACAGAGAUCCGUAAGCUGCGGAGGGAACUGGACGCAUCACAGGAGAAGGUCUCAGCGCUCACAACACAGCUUAGUGCCAAUGCUCACCUUGUGGCGGCUUUUGAGCAGAGCUUAGGAAACAUGACCAUCCGGCUGCAGAGUCUGACAACAACAGCUGAACAAAAGGACACUGAAUUGGGUGAUUUAAGGAAAACAAUUGAACUUCUUAAAAAGCAGAACUCUGCAACUCAAGCCACCAUAAAUGGAGUCAUUAAUACACCAGAGCCGACGUUAACCAACCGCAAAGUUUCUCUAGACUCCAUCAACGGGUCACCUCAGUCCCAGCGAGAGUUGGGGAUCUACAGGCAGCCGUCUUCAGACAGCGUUUCCAGCAUGACCAGUGCCACCAGCCACUCCAGCAUUGGCAGCAACCUGGAGCUUGAUGCUAAAAAUAAGAAAAAGAAGAAAAACUGGCUGCGGAGUUCAUUUAAACAAGCAUUUGGGAAGAAAAAGUCUCCAAAAUCUGCAUCCUCUCACUCAGACAUUGAAGAAAUGACUGAUUCUUCUCUGACAUCUUCCCCCAAACUCCCCUAUAAUGGCUCGACGGCCUCUUCUCCAAUGAUACGCACCUCCAACUCCCUUCCUCAACUGUCCUCCCUGUCUGCACAUGGGCCUGUCUGGGGCUGUAGCAGCACGUCCAUGAGGUCUGCCUCUCUGGCACGGAUUUCUGAAUGCAUGGACAGCGAUGCAGAAACAGUCAUGCUGUUGCGCAGUGAACUACGUGAUAAAGAAAUGAAGCUUACAGACAUCAGGCUGGAGGCCCUCAGCUCUGCACACCAACUGGACCAACUACGAGAAUCCAUGAACCGCAUGCAAAUUGAGGUUGAAAGGCUAAAAGUGGAGAACGAUCGAUUAAAGCUGGAGAGCCGGGGCAGUGGAAGCAGAGCAGCUUCACAAAUGUCCAUCUCCCCUUCUUCUGUGGGUCUUUCCUCGCAGCUCAGCCUCACAGAAUCCACCAGCUUAGAUAUGCUUCUUGAAGACAGCGGAGAUGGAAGUUCCUGGAAAGAGGGCCAACGUGUAAAGGUUGUAGUCAGUCUGGAAAAAGAUUCGGAGUGGAAAGAGGAGUGUAGACCUUCUCAGUUUUUGCUGGGCUGCAUUGGUGUCAGUGGAAAAACUAAGUGGGAUGUCCUUGACGGAGUGGUCAGACGCCUCUUUAAGGAAUACAUCAUCUGUGUAGAUCCUGUGACGCAGCUGGGUUUGAACACCGACACUGUGAUGGAGUACAGCAUUGGAGACAUCCAUCGUGCCAGUGAUGUAGAUACACCGGAGCUUCUCCCUUGCGGUUACCUUGUAGGAGAAAGCAACACAAUCUCCGUCAGGCUAAAAGACUUUUCUGUGGACAGUGAGGACAGUUUAGCAUUUGAGACUCUCAUACCGAAGCCGGUUCUUCAGCGAUACAUGUCUCAGCUGGAGGAGCACAGACGGAUCAUCUUUUCUGGACCUUCAGGCACAGGGAAGAGCUUUCUGGCCAGCAGACUGGCAGAGUGCAUGGUGCUAAAAGAGGGCAAGCAGUUGGAUCAUCAAUCAAUCGCCACUUUCAAUGUUGAUAACAAAACUACUAAGGAGCUGAAGCAGUAUUUGUCCAGCCUGGCGGAUCAGUGUAAAAACAGCGUGGAGUCUGCGGAUGUUCCUGUGGUGCUCAUACUGGACAACCUUCACCAUGUCGCUUCACUGGCUGACGUUUUCAACGGCCUGCUCAACUGCAGGAGCCAGCACUGUCCUUAUAUCAUUGGAACCAUGAACCAAACCCCAUCACCAACUCCAAAUCUGCAGCUUCAUCAUAAUUUCAGAUGGAUUCUAUGUGCCAAUCACACUGAGCCAGUGAAAGGUUUUCUGGGUCGUUUCCUGCGCCGGAAGCUUCUAGAAACCGAGAUCAACAGUCGUGUGAGGAACGGAGAGCUGGUAAAGAUCAUUGAGUGGAUUCCUAGUGUUUGGCAUCAUCUCAACCGCUUUCUGGAAACGCACAGCUCUUCUGAUGUCACGAUUGGGCCUCGGCUCUUUCUGUCCUGCCCAAUGGAUGUGGAAGGGUCCAGAGUGUGGUUCACUGACCUGUGGAACUACUCUAUAAUCCCCUACAUGCUGGAGGCUGUCAGAGAAGGGCUGCAGAUGUAUGGGCGAAAGGCAUCAUGGGAAGACCCGGCGAAGUGGGUGAUGGAGAGUUUCCCCUGGGUGGCGAGUCCUCAGCAACACGAGUGGCAUUCAUUGCUGCGUCUGCGGCCGGAGGAUGUGGGCUUUGAUGGGUACAGCAUCUCUCAGGAGGGAAGCCCAGGCAAACAGCCUGCUCAGGGAAAACCAGAAGAAGACCCACUGAUGAACAUGUUACUGAGACUAAAGGAGACGGCGCACUGUGCAGGAACAGAGAGCUAUGAUAGCGACUCCACCAACAACAGCCACCAAGAUGACAUGAUCGACUCCUCACUAGAGUCUUCACUGUGAAAACAUUUCAAAACACACUUCUGUGUGAAACUACAGGGUGCUGGAAACCCUGAAAUAAGGAACAUCUUAAUAAACAUCACAUCAAAUGAAAGAAAACCAUUUUGAAGAGCGCCAUUUCAGUGAAUGGACUACAGAUGGCGCUAUAAGGGUGUUCAAUGUGGAGAAAAAUAUGUCAUGCUCAGUAAUUUCAAUGCACUAGUGAGCUUUUUUGGUGCUUGAUAAAAAACGCCUUACAACUUUUGAUAUAAGUUGAGGUAGCCCAGCAAGCAUUUUUUGUUUUAAAAAGAUGUCUAAUAGACAUCUUAACAUAGUCAUCUUAGCUAUAACAAGGCUAAAUUUGGGCUGUCAGUGAACAUCUAAUAGACAUCUAAGAAUAAGCCUAAACUAGACUAGUCAUCAAAUAAACAGAAAUGAAUGACUACACAUAUAAAGUCUGUCUGUUUGAUGACUGGUCUAGUUUUUGGGCGAUUCUUAGAUGUCUAUUGGAUUUUCACUGACAGCCCAAGUUUAGCCUUGUUUUAGCCAAGCUGUCUACGUUUAGACGUCUAUUAAACACAAAAUUGUUUGCUGGGAGGCUUGUGUCUUAAAGAUGUGCAAGUUUCUACGAAACAAUUAAUGGAAGAACAGUAUAGCCUUCGAAUUGUGCACUAUCCAUGGGACCUAACAGAGAAAUAAAGUAUAAUGUGAACUAUAAUAAAAAAGCACAUAAAAAUAUGUUUGGAAAUAUAUUUAAGCUUUGAUUUGUGCCAGGGGAAAAUGUUGUGCCUCUUCAAUCAUUUCUAUGCAAUACAGAACUAGAAAUACAUCAUGGCUAAAAUAUUAGUCGACUGGUUCUUAACAGACUUACAUCAUAAUUGCAUUUCAGUUUAUUAAUUCUGCUUACUUUUAGAUGCACGACUAGUCACAGCCUUCUCCCAAAAUAUUUCUACAAGGACAACUUCAUCAUACAGUAUGUGAGUCUUCUUUGUUGAGUGUAAGAGUGUGUUUGUCUGAAAUAGUUGUUGAAAGAAGAAAAAGGUUUUUGUGUGUGUGUAUCAUUAAGGUUUAUACAUAAGAUCUCAGCCAGAUCUCAUUCAAAAACUCUGUCAAAAAGUUUUUUUCAAAGUUUUUGAGUUAGCUUGUCUAGUGGCAAACAUUAGCAUGGAAUUCCUCAAAUGGUUUACUUAGAGUUUCUUGAUUCAAAGAGUGCAUUUCUUUCACCUAAAACUGCAUUUUAUUUCCUCCAAGUUUAUUUAUUUCUGCUGCUUUUGAACACCACUUGCAGUAUUUCUUUUUUUUUUUUUUUUUUUUUUUUUUUUUGUUAGAUCCUGCCAGGUAUUUGUGCGGUUCUUCAAGUACUUUAAACACGUCUUCAUGUGACAUUUGUAUGAAAAUUAACUAAGAAAAUUAUUUACUUUCUCAUGAAUUUCUGAUCAUUUUGGACUGAAUUGUGUGUAUAUUUUCAGUUGUACUAUAUUUUUGUAAAUAUUCGACUCAUAUUUUGGAUGUUUGUGUAGACUUUAAGAAAGUGAUUUUAUGUAAAUUGUUAAUGUUUGAUGAUGUUUUGCAUUGUAAACUUUGGUCAAUAAAUGUGAUGGUCCAACA